AUGUUGACUCCUUUUGCGUCGCCAACCGCAAGCGUCGGCAUAGCAGUUGAGGCGCUCGAGGAAGUGGAAGAGGUCAAAGCCAGUAUCGAGAUUACGAGUGGGGAGGUGCAAGAAUGGAAACCACAAGACUUUCAGUUUCAAAGGACGUUAGAGAGGGCUGGUCGUAAUCAGGGCACAGUGGACUUAAUGAAGUGCAUCAAGGAUGGCAGCUUCGUCGCAGUCAAGGUCAUGCCAAUCUCCUGGACCUCUACAAGCCACCAGCAACAUCUAUGGGGUCACCCCGAAGAUCCCGAGAAUCCUUGGGCGGACUUGGGCAUCGUUCGGUACCUGAGCAAGAAGGGAGCCAAGUUCCAGUGCCGCUUGCAUGGUAUUUUCCGCGAUAGCGAGCGGCUUUAUUGCGUCUCCGAACUCGCAACAGAAGGCGAUUUCUUCACUUUUGUGAGCCAUGGACCGGAACCUGGUCCCCAGAGAGAAGAUGCGCUGAGACCCUUCAUGGUGCAGCUGUUUUCGGCCAUGAGAUUUCUACAUGAUCACUACAUCGCCCACUGCGACAUCUCGAUGGAGAACAUCCUUGUGACCAAGAACUCCACGGAUGGUCAUCUCGAAGUAAAGGUCAUCGACUUCAGCAUGGCCGUCCUUGGCGAGAAGCUGACUUCUGGCCAUCGUGGGAAGCCCUCCUACAUGGCUCCAGAGAUGGCUCUCACGCCCUUGUACGACCCCUUUAUGGUAGAUUGCUUCAGCGUGGGCGUGGUGCUCUUCUCGGCUGCUGCGCGGACCUACCCUUGGAUGUCGACUAUAAAGGGUCGAUGCAAGUGUUUUGAUUAUGUACUAGACCAUGGCCACCGAAAAUUUUGGAAGACCAGGAAGAUCAAGAAGACACAGCCCAUGAAGACUAUCGACCAGUGCUUUUCCAAGGAGCUCAAAAUGCUCGCAGAGGGGCUGCUUGCCCUAGAGCCAUUGGAGCGUCUUUCCAUGGACGAGGCUGCUUGUCACAGCUGGCUCCAUGGUGAUGGUACCGUGGCCCACACUCCCUUUUGCAGCUAG